UGGGCAUUGAUUGUAGUUUUAAUUUUAGAUUGCAGAAAGGCAUAAAUUCUUGAUUUUUGAGGAUCGGAAAUUUGCUGACAUUGGAAAUACUGUGACCAUGCAAUAUGAAGGAGGAAUAUUUCACAUUUUGGAUUGGGCGGACAUUGUUAAUGCACACAUAAUAUCCGGGCCUGGAAUAGUGGAUGGUUUGAAGUUGAAGGGUCUGCCUUAUGGUAGGGCACUGUUACUGCUCGCUGAAAUGAGCUCAGCUGGUAACCUUGCUACAGGUGAUUACACAUCUGCUGCAGUCAAAAUUGCUGAUCAACAUUCAGAUUUUGUAAUCGGAUUCAUAUCAGUCAAGCCAGCAUCAUGGCAAUGUCAUCCUGUAAAUCCAGCUUUUAUUCAUUUAACACCAGGUGUUCAAAUGGUUUCUGGAGGAGAUUCAUUGGGCCAACAAUAUAAUACUCCUUACUCUGUAAUCAAAGAAAGAGGCAGCGACAUCAUAAUUGUAGGGCGGGGGAUAAUAAAAGCUGCUAAUCCGGUAGAGGCAGCUAAAGAUUAUCGGAUCCAGGGUUGGGAAGCCUACAGGGCAAGUUGCUCUUAGAACUUCCAAUAUUCCAUUUUUUUGUCUUUCGAUUGAAUGUUCUUCUUUAUUUAAAUUUUGAUAAAUGAAGUUUUGCAGUGAACUUAGGCUUUGUUUGAGACGGCUUUUUUAUUGCUUCUUAAGCAGCUUUUUAGUACAAAAAUUUUAAUUUUUAUACUAAAAAUUAUUUUAAGAAGCGGUAAAAAGGCUGUCCCAAGCGAAGACUUAGAUUUUAUUUGGGACAGUUUUUUUAGUAUUUUCUAAAGAAGUUUUUUAGUAAAAAAUUUCAAAAAAUUUGUGUACUAAAAAGCUGAUUUAGAAAAUUUCAAGAAAGUUGCCCCUAACAAAGCCUUAGUUUUCGCCUUUCUAACCUCAAUCACUAUAUUUAGAGACUUCGAUAUUUAUUUGUGGCAAAUCUUAAUUCUGUAUGCUAAACCAACCAAAAUUGAAUACACAUCUUAUAAUUUGUGUCCUGUUGGGAUAGCUUGGGAAUUGUAACCAAGAAACUUUUGAUAGCAGUUAAUUGAGUAAUGUUCUUCA